UUUUAAUUUUAAAGUCACACAUUAAUUCUACUUUGCACUAAAUUAGUUUGAAGUAUUAAUUAAAAUAGUUUUAAUUAGUUGCAUUAGUUUUGUAUCCAUUAUUAUAUUUGUUGUCAAUUAAUAUUUGUUACAUUUGUAAGAUGGAAGGUGGUAGAUAUUCGGUUGAUUUGGGUAACCUCCAACGCAAUCGAAGGAACGAGAUUGGGAGGAAGAAAUCCCGCAAAGGUAAAGAACUUGCCGGUUCUUCAUCUCAAAGCCGAGAUGAUUUUGAAACGGGUUACCAAAGGCGAGAUGGAGAUGCGAUGUCCGAAGAACAACUCCAACAAGAAUUGGCCCGACAUAAUAACCGCUUUCUACAACAACAACAAAUGCCGACGACCAUUGACGAAGAGGAGCUUGAGGAUGAAGAUGCGGAGGAAUUGGAACCGGAGACGGUCGAGGAGGAGGGUGCCGGCAGCCACGACGUCGACGAGCCUGCCUCAUCCCAAACCGCCACUGGUAAUAAAAAAGUAAGUCUGAACUAAUGAAAAAUAAUUUUGAUAAAUGGAAGGACCCACAAACCGGCUAUUGGCACGCAACUUGCAAGUGGUGCAACAACAAUUAUAGUUUGGGAACCUCCGACGGAUACGGAUCCGCCGCAAGGCAUCUUAAGGCAAAGCACCCCGUGGAGUAUGCAAAAUUAGGCGGCGGAACGGGGAAGCAAACUCAAAUAUCGAGGUUUGCGAAUUCUCAACCUUUUGGUAAUUUCUCCUACAAUGAUGCACAAAAUUUGACUGGGAUGACUAACUUAAUUUGUGAAGAAAAUUUGCCUUAUUUGUUUUCUGAAGUUUUGCUUUAAGAGAUUAUGCACAAGGUAGUUUAAAUCCUCAAUUUAGAAAUUAUAGUCGCAAAACUGUUAAGAAAGAAAUAAUAAGGCUUUAUAAUGCGGAAAAGGCAAGGUUACGAAUUUUUUUUGCAAACUUUGAUGGGCGUGUUACUAUUUGUUCUGACAUAUGGGAGGAUGAUUUUCAUCAUUUAUAUUAUUUGGGUCUAACUGCACAUUAUAUUGAUGAGGAUUGGAAUAUGGAUAAACGUUUCUUGCUUUUCGUGAAUUUAAUGAUCGUCACACCGCUGAACAUAUUUAUAUUUUGAUUGAGCGUAUUUUAAUUGAGUAUAAUUUGAUUGAUAAGGUGUUUGCUAUUGGUUUCGAUAAUGCUACUAAUAAUACUGCUGCUAUACCUAGAUUGCGUGAGUUGUGUGGUGCCAAUACUUUGAUGGGUAGAUUUUUUCAUCAACGGUGUGCAUGCCAUGUUAUAAAUUUAUGUGUGCAAGACGGUUUAAAAGCGUUAGGAGAUUCCAUGGAGGUAAUCAAGGGGGGGAUUAGACGUAUUUGGGGUAAUGGUCAACUUAGAUUAAAAUGACAAACUUAUUUGACUGAAAGAGGUGUGAGAUAUGUUGCUUUUCCUAAAGAUUUGAGUAUUCGUUGGAAUAGUACUUAUAAAUUACUUAAAGUUGUUCUUAGAUAUAAAGAACAUUUUCCUGCUUUUUUAAAAGAACAUGAUAACUAUAUUAUAAACGCAGCUGAGAUCGACACUUGCGAAAAAAUUUGUAAUGUUUUGAUAUUUUUUUUAAUGCUACUGAAACUUUUAGUCAUGUUUAUAAACCUACCGCAAACCAAUUUAUUCGUGAAGCUGUUAAUCUCGCCGGUGCUUUUAAAGAAUUUGAGAAUGCCGUUUUCGUUCAUUAUUUUUGUGAUUAUAUGAAGGAAAAGUUUUUAAAAUAUUAUGCGCAUAUUCCCCAUAUUUAUGGUAUUGCAUUUAUUCUCGAUCCUUGUUAUAGACUUGCUAAUUUGAAAGACUGUUUCAACUUCUAUUAUCUUGCGUUUUUUGGUGAAUUUCCAAUGUAUGACGAUAACCCCAUAGAUCUGAAAACGGAAUACAACGAGGUUAGUACUUUAUUUUAUGCCUUAUUAAAUGAGUUUCGUGCACAAUAUAGCAACGCUCCCCCUCCCCCGUCACGAACAUCUUCAUCUAAAGGAAAAUCGAUUUUUAAAUCUGCAUUUGGCAAUCUUAUGAAAAAAACAAAAACAACUCACGUCACUGAACAAAGUGCAUUGAAUGAGAUUACUUUGUAUUUAACAUAUGAAGUUGAUUUUGAAGAAAAUGAUGACUUUGACGUUCUAGACUGGUGGAAGUCAAAAGAAAGAACGUUCCCGAUUUUAGCACGGAUGGCUAAGCAAGUACUAUCAAUGUCGAUUUCAACAGUUGCUGUGGAACAAGAAUUUAGUUCGGCCGGCAACGUCCUAACGGCAUCUAGAUCGAGAUUGAGCGCGGAGUCUCUUGAGACGCUUAUAUGCUAGCACGAUUGGUUGAAGGCCGCACGAAGAACUCAAGAAAUGAGCAUCACCCCCUCCCAAGAUUUUAUGGAUGACUCAACAACCGAUGGUGGCUCUACCUAUGCCGGAGAUUCCGAUUGAUUAGUAUUAUAGAAUUUAUUAUAAAAUAUAUUUUGUAGCACUUGUCAAAUUUAUUUAUACUUGUACUUCAUAUUUCAAAAUUGUAAACUUGU